GAGGGGGCGGCCCCAGCCCGGGCGCUAGGCCGGGCGGAGCUCCGGCCCGGGCGGAGCCGCGGCCGCCGCGUCCGGCUGCUGGACCGAACUUCUGCCGUGCGGACAGCAGGAGCAGCGCCGAGCCCCAUUCCCCCACCUCUCCAGCCCGCCCUCUGAGCCUCCCGAGCCCUCUCUCCAUUUCCCACAAUUGUGCUGCACAUGGUGAUGAGUUUCCGGGUGUCUGAGCUCCAGGUGCUUCUUGGCUUUGCUGGCCGGAACAAGAGUGGACGGAAGCACGAGCUCCUGGCCAAGGCUCUGCACCUCUUGAAGUCCAGCUGUGCCCCUAGUGUCCAGAUGAAGAUCAAAGAGCUUUACCGACGACGCUUUCCCCGGAAGACCCUGGGGCCCUCUGAUCUCUCCCUUCUCUCUUUGCCCCCUGGCACCUCUCCUGUAGGCUCCCCUGGUCCUCUAGCUCCCAUUCCCCCAACCCUGUUGGCCCCUGGCACCCUGCUGGGCCCCAAGCGUGAGGUGGACAUGCACCCCCCUCUGCCCCAGCCUGUGCACCCUGAUGUCACCAUGAAACCAUUGCCCUUCUAUGAAGUCUAUGGGGAGCUCAUCCGGCCCACCACCCUUGCAUCCACUUCUAGCCAGCGGUUUGAGGAAGCGCACUUUACCUUUGCCCUCACACCCCAGCAAGUGCAGCAGAUUCUUACAUCCAGAGAGGUUCUGCCAGGAGCCAAAUGUGAUUAUACCAUACAGGUGCAGCUAAGGUUCUGUCUCUGUGAGACCAGCUGCCCCCAGGAAGAUUAUUUUCCCCCCAACCUCUUUGUCAAGGUCAAUGGGAAACUGUGCCCCCUGCCGGGUUACCUUCCCCCAACCAAGAAUGGUGCCGAGCCCAAGAGGCCCAGCCGCCCCAUCAACAUCACACCCCUGGCUCGACUCUCAGCCACUGUUCCCAACACCAUUGUGGUCAAUUGGUCAUCUGAGUUCGGACGGAAUUACUCCUUGUCUGUGUACCUGGUGAGGCAGUUGACUGCAGGAACCCUUCUACAAAAACUCAGAGCAAAGGGUAUCCGGAACCCAGACCACUCGCGGGCACUGAUCAAGGAGAAAUUGACUGCUGACCCUGACAGUGAGGUGGCCACUACAAGUCUCCGGGUGUCACUCAUGUGCCCGCUAGGGAAGAUGCGCCUGACUGUCCCUUGUCGUGCCCUCACCUGCGCCCACCUGCAGAGCUUCGAUGCUGCCCUUUAUCUACAGAUGAAUGAGAAGAAGCCUACAUGGACAUGUCCUGUGUGUGACAAGAAGGCUCCCUAUGAAUCUCUUAUCAUUGAUGGUUUAUUUAUGGAGAUUCUUAGUUCCUGUUCAGAUUGUGAUGAGAUCCAAUUCAUGGAAGAUGGAUCCUGGUGCCCAAUGAAACCCAAGAAGGAGGCAUCUGAGGUUUGCCCCCCGCCAGGGUAUGGGCUGGAUGGCCUCCAGUACAGCCCAGUCCAGGGGGGAAAUCCAUCAGAGAAUAAGAAGAAGGUCGAAGUUAUUGACUUGACAAUAGAAAGCUCAUCAGAUGAGGAGGAUCUGCCUCCUACCAAGAAGCACUGUUCUGUCACCUCAGCUGCCAUCCCGGCCCUACCUGGAAGCAAAGGAGUCCUGACAUCUGGCCACCAGCCAUCCUCGGUGCUAAGGAGCCCUGCUAUGGGCACGUUGGGUGGGGAUUUCCUGUCCAGUCUCCCACUACAUGAGUACCCACCUGCCUUCCCACUGGGAGCCGACAUCCAAGGUUUAGAUUUAUUUUCAUUUCUUCAGACAGAGAGUCAGCACUAUGGCCCCUCUGUCAUCACCUCACUAGAUGAACAGGAUGCCCUUGGCCACUUCUUCCAGUACCGAGGGACCCCUUCUCACUUUCUGGGCCCACUGGCCCCCACGCUGGGGAGCUCCCACUGCAGCGCCACUCCGGCGCCCCCUCCUGGCCGUGUCAGCAGCAUUGUGGCCCCUGGGGGGGCCUUGAGGGAGGGGCAUGGAGGACCCCUGCCCUCAGGUCCCUCUUUGACUGGCUGUCGGUCAGACAUCAUUUCCCUGGACUGAGUUCCCUGGAUUAUGGAAACUUCGCUGUCCCCCAACACUGAGCAAGUAUGCUGUGGAGUCCCAACCCCAGCUACUCUGAUCCCUCUGGGGGCUCUGGCCAAUGGCCAGACAGACCUUCACAGAUGCCUACUUUUGGCCUCAUCUCUGCCUGACAAGGCCAGCACCCAAAGGGUUAAUAUUUAACCUCUUUUUAAGGACACUGGGGUCUGUUUCUGGAAAUGUUCUUUAGAUGGUGGCACAUUCCUUUGGGUAUGUUAACCUAGGCAGUGGGAGGCAAAUGGGAUGGUAUGUGAGCUAGGAGAAGGGCUGAACCCUCAGCCUUGACUACGUCUAGAGCCUCUUGGGGAAGGGGCACCUCUCUUGAACCCCAAAUGCUCUCUCUUCUUAUUACCCAAACCCAUGGCUCUAUUUCUUCUUCACAUCCAUUGUCUCAUGUCCAUUCCAUUCCCUUCGGCCAAACAGACAGGUGGAAAAACUGAGACAGGCAGUUUCAGAGAUGGACAGAGAACUUUAUUUUGGAUUGUGGAUGUGGACUUUUUUGUACAUAAAUAAGAAAAACCAAAAUACUCCAAAGAUGACUUCCCCUGCCUCCUACUCCAGUAUGACAGAGGAGGAUGUAAGGCCUUAGCCAUGAUCCCCAGGGGUUUGGGAGUCAGGCCCGGCCUAUUGCUUGGGUCUCUCUCUAUUUAUAUAUUUAAGUUCACAGUGUUUCUUAUUCCACCCUAAGCUUCUAGAGGCUCAUGGCCCUGUAGUUAGGCCUGGCUCAUUCUGCACCUUUCCAGGGAGGUGGAAAGACCCUGUGCCCUCCUUCCCAAUCUUCUUUUUCAGGCUCGCCAAGGCCUAGGACCUAUGUUGUAAUUUUAGUUCUUAUUUCUAAAGUUGUAGUGAAGCUCUCACCCACAAUAAAGGUUGUGAAUGUUC